GCUCGCAGCCGCGCGGCGCCCUCCCGUGGGGUCCCCCCCCCGGCCUCCCCCCCCCCGCAGCCGGCAGCGCCGAGUCCCGGUCAGGGCGGCCAGCCGCCGCCGCUCCCCGCCGGGGCGGACCGCGAGGAUGGCGGACAACGGGACGGGCGAGCCCCGGCAGCCCCGCUACCGGCGGGUGCGGCUGAUGUGCAUGCUGGCGCUCACCUUCCUCUUCUUCGUGGUGGAGGUGGUGGUGAGCCGGGUCACCGCCUCGCUGGCCAUGCUCUCGGACUCCUUCCACAUGCUGUCCGACGUCAUGGCCCUGGUGGUGGCCCUGGUGGCCGUGCGCUUCGCCCAGCGCACCCGCGCCACCCACAAGAACACCUUCGGCUGGGUGCGGGCCGAGGUGAUGGGCGCCUUGGUCAACGCCGUCUUCCUCACCGCCCUCUGCUUCACCAUCCUGCUGGAGGCCAUCGAGCGCUUCACCGAGCCCCACGAGAUCCAGCAGCCGCUCGUGGUGAUCGGCGUGGGAGCGGCGGGGCUCCUCGUCAACCUGCUGGGGCUCUGCCUCUUCCACCAGCACGGAGGCGGGGGGCACGGGCACUCCCACGGCGGCAGCCAGCACCACCGCAGCGGCAGCCGCACCAAGCUGGAGCGCUCUUCGGGGGACGGUGAUGCUGGGCUGCGCAAGGAGGAGACCAACACGCUGGUGGAGAAUUGCGGCAGCACCAAUGGAGUCAACCAGGAGAAGCUAGGUGAUGGCAAGGCGGAACUACAAGCAAAUGGGAGCAUUGGUCCUAACUCUCUGGACGUUGAGGUUGAAGAAGACUCCAGUGGACAGCUUAACAUGCGUGGAGUUUUUCUGCAUGUGCUUGGAGAUGCCUUGGGUUCAGUGAUUGUGGUGGUGAAUGCCUCGGUCUUUUACUUUUAUUGGAAUCCAUGCCCCAAAGAUGGGCCCUGUUUUAAUCCAUGUGUCAAUAGUCAUUGCAUAGAAAAUGCUACUGUAGCCCCACCGCUUGACAAUGCUGAUCUGCUCUCACAAGAGGGUAUUCAUGUAGCUGGUCCCUGCUGGGUGCUGUAUUUAGAUCCCGCUCUUUGUCUGAUAAUGGUUUGUAUACUCCUUUACACAACUUAUCCAUUGCUUAAGGAAUCUGCCCUUAUCCUUUUGCAAACUGUUCCCAAACAAAUUGAUAUUUAUUCUUUGAACUUGAAACUACGUAAACUUGAAGGAGUUGAAGCAGUCCAUGAACUACAUGUUUGGCAGCUGGCAGGCAGCAGGAUCAUUGGUACUGCUCACAUAAAAUGUCAUGACCCUGCAUCAUACAUGAAAGUGGCAAAGCACAUUAAAGAGAUUUUUCAUGAUGAAGGGAUCCAUGCCACUACAAUUCAGCCUGAGUUUUCCAGUGUAGGCUCUGAAUCGGGUGUUGGCAAAUGUGAGUUUCCCUGCAGAACUCAGUGUGCUCUGAAGCAGUGUUGUGGGACAGCAGAAGGCAGUACUGAAAAGAAGACAAAGACCUCUUCAAUUGCUAUUUCAUGCUCAGAAAUAAUCAUUGACUCUCCGCACCACAAAACUAGGAGGACUAAAUCUGAAAAUAUACCUGCUGUUAGGCUAGAGGCAGACGAUGACCCAGACACGCAAUUUGAAUCAUCCUUGUAAUCCCCAGGGUUGUGCUGUUUGAGUUUUGAUGGCUUCAACUACAGCUUUAUUGUGAGGAGAAGGGACUGAUAUUUGAGAUGCAAGUUUGUCAAGCAGUGUAAUUGCUGAAGUCCCUAUUCUUGUCACAUUGCUAAAUCUAGAAUGCUUGUUUUAAAGAACAUAAUAGCAUUGUCAUGAAACAAUGUGUUUGUGUUGACUUUGUAAUGAGUGGCACCAAAAGAGUGCCAAUGCUUGAAAAAAAAA